CACUUUGCACUGUGCAUGAAGGCUAUUAUGUUACAAGACUGCAUUAUUGGAAAGAUUCUUUCAUUAAACUCACUUUAUUUAGUGUAUAAUAUUUGCAGGAUCCACUUUUUCCAUAAUUUCAGGUGGAUUUGGGGGUUGGGAAACCAAGUGGGGUAUCAUUGUAUGUAUAAGUUCUUUGUUGAUGGGGUAUGGCGGCAUGAUGAGCAUCAGCCCUUUGUAAGCGGACAUUAUGGGGUAGUGAAUACUGUCUUUAUAGCCAGAGAACCAGAGACCAUUCCUUCAACCUUUAGUCCUGAGAUGCCUGGUAGAUCUAACAUGGAGGUAGAUGAUGUCUUUGCUCGCGGGGAAGCAGUUGCAAGGAUAUCAGAGGCUGAUUUGCAGGUGUCUCGUCAGCGCAUAUCAGUUUUUUUAUCAACUCAUACUGCAUAUGAGCUGCUUCCAGAGUCGGGCAAGGUAAUUGCCUUGGAUGUAACUUUACCCGUGAAGCAAGCUUUUCAUAUACUUUAUGAACAGGGUAUUCCUGUGGCUCCUCUCUGGGAUUUUUGCAAGGGGCAGUUUGUCGGAGUUCUUAGUGCAUUGGACUUCAUUCUGAUUCUGAGAGAGUUGGGGAAUCAUGGGUCAAAUCUGACAGAGGAAGAAUUGGAAACACAUACAAUAUCAGCCUGGAAAGAGGGGAAAUCUCAUAUUAGCAGGCAAAUUGAUGGAAAUGGGAGAGCUUAUCCCAGACAUCUUAUCCAGGCAGGACCUUAUGAUUCUAUGAAAGAUGUUGCAUUGAAAAUUUUGCAGAACAAGGUGUCUACAGUUCCAAUUCUUCAUUCGUCUUCACAGGAUGGUUCCUUUCCCCAGCUACUACAUCUUGCUUCUUUGUCUGGGAUGCUAAAAUGUAUAUGCAGGUAUUUUAGAUAUUCUUCUAGCUCAUUGCCCGUUCUUCAACAGCCAAUCUACUCAAUUCCUCUGGGGACAUGGCUUCCAAGAAUUGGAGAAUCAAACGGACGGCCAUUUGCAAUGUUGAGACCUAAUGCUUCUCUAUCUGCUGCACUGUCUUGGUUAGUUCAAGGUGAUGUCAGUUCAAUACCAAUUGUAGAUGAGAAUGACUCAUUGGUGGACAUAUAUUCAAGGAGUGAUAUAACUGCUUUGGCAAAAGACAAGGCAUAUGCUCAAUUUCAUCUGGAUGAGAUAAGUAUUCAUCAGGCUUUGCAACUGGGUCAGGAUGCAAAUUCUCCUUACGGCUUCUUCAAUGGACAGAGAUGUCAGAUGUGUCUCCGAUCUGACCCUCUGCACAAAGUGAUGGAGCGGUUGUCCAAUCCUGCGGUAAGGAGACUCGUGGUUGUGGAGGCUGGCAGCAAGCGUGUAGAAGGGAUUAUUUCGUUGAGCGACGUGUUUAGGUUCUUGCUUGGUGUUUAGCAGGACCAGGCAUGUCAACCAACCCAAUAUAUAUGAAGGGUUUUGUUGUUGCACAGCGGAGGAGAGAAGACCCAUAUGUUUUGCUGAUCUUACCUCUUCACUCUGCGAUACCUUAACUGUUCCUGGCAAGAUGAAUGGUCUCUCAUAUUCCUUCUUCUGAGUCUAGUCUUUGAUUGGCUGGGGCCUCUUUGCUUCUUAAACCCCCGGCCUUCUUUCAGGACAUCAAUUUCGAGCCCAAAAAAAAAAAAAGGAAUUUGUAAAUUGUGAGAAUUUCGAUUUUCCUCCCCUUAAAUUUUUAUAAUUUAAUGGUUAUCAGCUCAACCAUAUACUGCUGUUGCAGCAGGAAUGCUUGUUUCUAGUGCCAGCUAACAGAAAAGGGAAAGCAAGAAAAAUUUGAAGGCAAAAAGGGAAUUUAUGAAUGUAUGUAGGCUUUGUUUGGUAGGUUGUAGUUAUUGAAGUUGGGGGUCAGUCCAAUUCUGGUUUCUGAUUUGAUGUCUGGCAAUUAGAGUCUGGGGUGGGCUUUUUACAAGUCUUUGUCAAUAGUGAAAGAUGGUUUGUCUAUAAUUUAUAUGUCAAGAUUUAAUCUUUUAAGGCAUUGGCGUAAUGAGAAAUGAUGCUUCUACUUGA